CCUCUUAAUUCCCACUUAUAUAUAUAUAUAUAUCUAUCUAUCUAUAUCUAUAUCUCGUAUCCACACAAAAACCAUCUAUCAUAUAUCAUCACAAAACACUUUUCUACAAUUCUUUCUUAGCUUCUUUCUCUGUGUCUUUUUUUUUAAAAAUUUUUGGGAUUCAAGAUUGCAGCACAUUCCUAAUUUCUUUGAUCUACUUAUUUAAUUAUUAAUUUUUUAUCUAUGGAUUAUGGCUAUUGGCCUCAUCAGGACAGCUCUUCCUUAAUGGUGCCAUGGCUUAAUUCCGGCGAGGAUAGGGCGGCGGCGACGACGGCGGCUUCUAGAAGCCAUAGCGAAGCCGAGAAACGACGAAGGGAUCGGAUCAAUUCGCAGCUUUCGACACUCAGGAAACUCAUCCCUAAGUCUGAGAAGAUGGACAAGGCAGCUCUAUUAGGGCAAGUGGUGCACCAUGUAAGAGAGCAGAGCAAGAAAGCCAAAGAGGCCACCAGCAAGGUGUCUACGGUGCCGGCAGAGGCCGACGAGGUGAUCAUCGACGACCACCGCAACGUGGACGACCAAGAAAACAUUUACAUGAAGGCUUCCCUAAGCUGCGAAGACAGGCCGGAGCUGUUCUCGGAGCUCAACAGCGCGCUCAAGGGGUUAGAAAUCGCCAUUGUUGAUGCACAGAUCUUUACAUUGGGAGGCAGGACAAGGAUUAACUUUGUUCUUCGCGCAAACGGCGGUGACCACAAGGGCUCGCCGUUGCUUGUCAGGCAGUCGGUCAAGGUAGCGUUGAGCCGUGUGGUCAUAUCGGCCGGGGCCGCGUGUUAUAGUGCAAGAAGCAAAAGGCAGAGGUUCUUCUACCCUAAUAAUAGUAAUUGACAUAUAUGAUAUGUAUAAAUAUAUAUAUAUAUAUAUACAUACAAAGAAUAUGUAUGUGGAUGUUUGUUAUGUUGCAUAAUUGGGAGGGAUGUUUGUUGAGGAUCA